GACAGCUUGCAAAGGCUCUUCAGAGGGUAGCAUUUGGAGACCUAUGCUGCAUCCACACGGGACAAACAGCCCCAUUGGACACCACUUUCACAGCCAUGGUUGAAUGCUAUGGAAUUCUGGGAAGUGUAGGUUUUUGUGUGAGGUGUUUCGCCUUCUCCGUCCGAGAGAUCUGGUGCCUCAACCGACGACGAAUCUCCAAUGGCAAGCAACCAGCAUCCCUUUGGACCACGUCAGCCGAUGGAUUGGUGAAACUGCGGCGAGACCCCUCUUGCUCCCAGACGCCGGUCACCGUUCAUCAGAUGUUCCAAGAAUCCCUCGAGAAAUAUGGGUCCUUCAAUGCUAUGGCCAGCAAAAAGGCGGGGAAAUGGGAGAAGAUCACCUUCGCCGAGUAUUACCGACUUUCCCAGAAAGCAGCCAAGAGCUUUUUGAAGCUUGGGCUCCUACGAUUCCACAGCGUUGCAAUCCUUGGAUUCAACUCUCCAGAAUGGUUCAUUUCAGCGGUCGGAACUGUUUUUGCUGGUGGCAUUGUGACUGGAAUCUACACAACCAGCUCUCCUGAGGCUUGCCACUACAUUGCUCACGAUUGCAGAGCUAAUGUCAUUGUGGUAGAAAACCAGAAGCAACUGGACAAAAUAACACAGAUCUGGAAUCGUUUGCCCCAUCUGAAAGCGGUGGUGAUGUACAAGGGUCCGUUGCUGGAGAAGCGUCCCAAUUUGUAUACGAUGGAUGAAUUUAUGGAGCUAGGCAAUGAGAUACCGGACCGAGAGCUUGAUGCGAUCAUUCGCUCCCAAAAGCCAAAUCAAUGCUGCGUCCUGAUCUAUACGUCUGGAACCACUGGGAAGCCAAAAGGUGCCAUGCUGAGCCAUGACAAUAUAACCUGGACGUCGGCGCAUGCCAGCCGGGCGGGCGACAUGCAACCGGCUGAAAUCCAGCAAGAGACUAUCGUCAGCUACCUUCCGCUCAGCCACAUUGCGGCCCAAAUAUAUGACCUCUGGACUGGGAUCAAAUGGGGAGAGCUGGUUUACUUCGCUGAGCCAGACGCCUUGAAGGGAGGUUUGGUGAACACCUUGAAAGAAGCAUUGCCCACCUCGCACAUGGGGGUUCCCCGGGUAUGGGAGAAGAUCAUGGAGAAGAUCAAGGAUGUCUCAUCCCAGUCUGGGUUUGUGAAGAAGAAGAUGCUUUCCUGGGCCAUGUCGGUCAGCUUGGAACGAAACCUGAGCUACUCAAACAGUGAUCUCAAGCCCUUUCGAAUGAGGCUGGCCGAGGCUUUGGUCCUUGCCAAAAUCCGCAACGCUUUGGGUUUCUCUCGGUGUCAGAAGCACUUCUGCGGAGCAGCGCCUCUCCCAUCCGACGUGAUGCAGUUUUUCCUGGGCCUGAACAUCUCUUUAUACCAAGCAUAUGGGAUGAGCGAGACCACUGGGCCCCACUGCAUGUCCGGGCCAUAUGUCCACCGACGUGACAGCUGUGGCAAAGCUGUCCCAGGUUGCAAAGUGAAGCUGGCGAACGUGGAUGAAGAAGGCAAUGGAGAGAUUUGCUUUUGGGGCCGGACUGUUUUCAUGGGCUACUUGAACAUGGAGGACAAGACCAAGGAAGCCAUUGAUGAAGAUGGGUGGCUUCACUCUGGAGACCUUGGAAAAAUAGACAGGGAUGGGUUCGUCUAUGUCACCGGGAGAAUUAAAGAGAUCAUCAUUACAGCUGGGGGUGAAAAUGUGCCUCCUAUCCCCAUUGAGGAUGCCGUCAAGAAGGAACUGCCGCUUAUUAGCAACGCCAUGCUGGUUGGAGACCAGAAGAAGUUCUUGUCCAUACUACUGACUUUAAAGUGUGCAGUAGAUCCCGAUACAUCUGAACCUACAGAUGCGCUGACCCAAGAAGCCAGAGAUUUCUGCCAGAAAGUUGGAAGCCAAGCCACUAAAGUGUCCGAGGUUGUAAGGAUGAGGGAUCAGGCUGUCUAUCGGGCCAUUCAAGAUGGCAUAGACCGAGUCAAUUCGCGGGCAGUUGCCAAUGUCCAGUGCAUUCAGAAAUGGGCAAUCUUACAAAAGGAUUUUUCCAUUUCCGGAGGAGAAUUUGGUCCGACAAUGAAGCUAAAGCGGCAGGCCGUUAUCGAGAAGUACAAAGAUGAAAUAGAUUCUUUUUACAAGAAUUAAAAAUAAAGGCUGCGGGACUGCUCUCCAAAUUCCAUUAGAACAUGAAGCGAAUCCCACCACCUUCUUCAAUAGAAUAGGCAAGGCUGUCAUUCUCGGGGAGAUGUUUCUUCGUAGGCAACCUCCGUUCUGGAAAGCAACAUCAGAGAUGUAAUGAAUUUUCACAAGAGAUGUGAAGAACAUUGCCUAGUCUCCAGCUUAUCACUCCAGAAUACUAUUCCUUUGGAUGGUUGAAACCCCGAUAUACAUUCCAUUUAAUUUAGAUUUGCAAGUAGAAUAUAGAUGCUCGAAAUGGAACAUCAGUAGAGCGAUCGUGUUGAAAUAAUCUUAAGUGAUGCUGCAGGUAGCAUGCCAUCCUACUUCGAUACAGUGGUGGCCUGUGGCUUCCAUAUCUGAAGGAAUGGUGAAUUAGUUCUGGGUUUGACUUUAAAUGACCCAUGCAAAAAGGUGCCACUUGAUCCUUUCAACACCCUCCAACAUCUCACAAAUGA